AUGACAUCACUAAUUAAAUAUUUAAAUCAAGCUGAAUCAAUCAAAGUAGAUGACUUGUUGUUGGGACCAAUCUAUGGAUUCAGUACUGAUCAGUUGAUGGAAUUGGCAGGUCUAGCAGCCUCAUGUUCAGUUAUGAAAUCAUAUCCACCUUCAAGAUUAGCUAAUAAAAAGGUGUUGGCUAUUUGUGGUCCUGGAAAUAAUGGUGGUGAUGGUUUAGUGGCUGCAAGACAUUUAGUAUUGUUUGGAUACCAAGUUGAUGUGUAUUACCCCAAAAGAACUGAUAAGGAUUUAUACAAGAGAUUGGUAUUACAAGCUGAAAAGACAGGAGUUGGAUUUAUCGAUCAUUUCCCAAAGGAAACUAUUAAAUCUCAAUAUGGAUUGGUGAUUGAUGCAAUCUUUGGAUACAGUUUCAAAGGUGAUAUCCGUCCACCAUUUAAAGACAUUAUUGCCGAUCUCACAACCUCACAAGUCCCAAUUGCUUCAAUUGAUAUUCCCUCUGGUUGGGAUAUUGAAAAGGGAAAUAUUCAUAAUACAUUUGAACCAGAUAUGUUGGUGUCAUUAACAUCACCAAAACUAUGUUCAAGAGAAUACAGAGGAAAACAUUGGUUGGGUGGUAGGUUCAUGCCACCUCAACUAUGCCAAGAAAUGGAAUUAAAUCUACCAACCUUUCCAGAUUGUGAACAAGUUGUAGAUAUUUCAUUACCUUCAUCCCCAACUUUAUAA